AUUGAACAGCCUCUAACGAAUAAAAAACGCUUGAGUUAUGAAUUAAAUUCAUUUUGGAAAGAAAAAGAAUUUUGUCAAAAUGUAUCUCAACACUUUGCUGCUGCUUUUAUGCUCAUUGUUCGGCCUAUUCAACGCUUGGGAGAUACCUGAAAAUUUUGGUAAAACUGGACACUCAAACAAUUGGGCCGUGCUUGUGGAUACUUCAAGAUUUUGGUUCAAUUAUCGACAUGUCGCAAAUGUGCUGUCAAUUUAUCGGAGUGUCAAGAGGCUUGGAAUACCAGAUUCCCAAAUAAUUCUCAUGAUAGCCGAUGACAUGGCCUGCAAUCCAAGGAACCCAAGGCCAGCCACAGUCUUCAACAAUAUCAAACAACACAUUAACGUAUACGGCGAUGAUGUUGAAGUCGAUUACCGUGGUUACGAAGUGACCGUUGAAAAUUUUGUGCGUCUCCUCACCGGUCGACUACCACCUGAAACCCCUCGUUCCAAAAAGCUACUCACAGACGAAGGUUCCAAUAUUUUGAUUUAUCUCACUGGCCAUGGUGGCAAUGGUUUCCUCAAAUUCCAAGACUCUGAAGAAAUUACCAGCCAAGACCUCAGCGACGCCCUUGAACAAAUGUGGCAAAAGAGACGUUAUCAUGAAAUUCUUUUUGUCGUUGACACUUGCCAGGCCAGCUCUAUGUACGAGAAACUUUAUUCCCCCAACAUUUUAGCCGUCGCUUCUAGUCUGGUCGGCGAAGAUUCUCUUUCGCACCACGUGGACCCGGCAAUCGGAGUGUACAUCAUAGAUCGUUACACGUAUUUCGCUCUGGACUUUUUGGAGCAAGUUGAGCCAUCGAGCUCGAAAAAGCUCAGUGAAUUCUUGAAGGUUUGUCCGAAGCACUAUUGCUUGUCGACAGUUGGAGUCCGUCAGGAUUUAUUCAGAAGAGAUCCGAGAACGGUGCCAGUGACUGAUUUCUUCGGUUCGUUGCGGCCGGUCGAACUGACAAAGAGCGUUAUAAAUUUGGUGCCAGUGAAUUCAAACAGAUCGGAGAAGCCGGAGCUCGAAAAAAGGUUUACGUACGUCGCGCAGUUCCCAGACUUAUCGAGUUACGUGUGAAUCUGAGAUUUUUUCCAGUUGUAAAUAUUCAUGUAUUUUUUACGAAUCGGAGAUAAAGAAUCGAGGAAAAAAAGGUGGAGAAAAAACCAACUUUUAUCUCACUGGCGGUAACAACGUGUAA